AUGGCCAUCAUCACGGCCUCGUCGCUCGCUGUUCCUGCCGUCCUCUUCCUCAUCGCCCUAUGUGGCUACUCGUCACAGCUACUGUAUCCCCACCUCGACCCGCACCCUUUAGAGAAACACCAGGCCAUAAAGUUCAAUCUUCUUCUCGCCGGCCUGCUCAUCAGCUUCAUCCGUGCCUGCUUGACUGAUGCGGGUCGCGUACCGAAGGACUGGGUGCCACCGCCCAUAAGAGUGCAUGGAGAGGACACACCGGCGAAAGCGAAGGAUGAGGACGCGCCUACUGUACGCCCGCGCUGGUGUAGCAAAUGCGAUGCUCCCAAGCCGCCGCGUACCCACCACUGCAAGAUCUGCGGAAGAUGCAUUCCCAAGAUGGACCACCACUGCCCGUGGCUGGCAAAUUGCGUCUCUCACACCACCUAUCCGCAUUUCUUGCGCACCAUUGUCUACGCAUCCCUCGCUCUGUGCUACAACGAGUACCUGCUCUACAUCCGCGGCGCCGAAAUCUGGCAGAAGAGGCAUCUCCCAAGCGUGCGUUACGCCUUCUGCCCUAGCUGCCCUGCUUCCUACUCAUCCGACGGACAGUACCUCGGCCCAACCGCUCCCCAGCUCUCCCAUCUCUUCAUUUUGAUCAUCGUCAACUCGCUCAGUCUAUUUGGCGUCGGCAUCAUGACCCUGCGCUUCGGCCAAAUGUUCGCCCAGAACAUCACCACAAUCGAGAGCUGGGAGAUUGAGAGGCACGAGACGCUGCUGAACCGCGCAAGGUAUCUGGGCGGCAUGCUGGACGGGCCCGACGGGAAGAGGAUCAGGAUAAAGAAGCAGGAGUUUCCGUACGAUAUCGGCAUCUUCGCUAACAUGGCCCAGGCCAUGGGGACUAGCAACUUUCUGGCCUGGUUCUGGCCAUUUGCCUCAACUCCGCCGAACGAAACGGGCCUCAGCUUCGAGGUCAACGGCUUCGAAGAUCUGUCUGUUACCUGGCCUCCUCCCGACCCAGACCGCAUGCCGCGCCCCAGGCGCCAAUUCAACGCCGAAGAUGCAUUCACCCACAAGGUUCCGGACUUCGAUGACCAGCAAGCCAUGGCAGACUUCAAGAAGCGCCAAGAAGAAGACCUCAAGCGCUGGCAAAACACGGGGCUGCAGCGCAGGCGCCCCUUCCACAAGCGCACGGCAAACAGUGCCGCCGAUCAAGAUGGCAGCUUCGAUCCCGACGAGACGCCGAGCGAGGGCGAGGGUGGCAGUGACGAGGAGUCUGGAGAGGAGGCGUGGAGAAAUUCGGAAGGAGAGAGGCUGAGGGACUUUGGUGUGGAUGAAGACGCCGAGUUUUACGACGACGACGAAGUGCCGCUGAGUGAGCUAAUGAGGCGAAAGAAGGCGGCCGCAGCAGCAGCAGCGGACGCUUGA